AUGGCACGCACUUGGAUUAGAAUAAUUUCAAUACUGAGUGGCCUAUUAAUAUUUCUGGUAAUUUUAGUACCAAAUAUAUCUGGAUUUCAAUACACUAUCAAUAGUAUAUUGUCUGGUGAUUCAAUUUCAAAAAAGACAAAUUCAUAUGAUGAACUAUCUGUAUCAGUUAUGCAAAAUAUUGAAUCAUGGAUUGAUACAAACGAUAAUGAAUGUAAUGGCUGUGGAACUUUCGAUGAAAUAAAAGAAAUAGAUGGUCAAAAAAAUCAAAACAUCAAUCUGGAUACGUUAACAGAUGCAUUAAAUUAUGAGCUAAAUAUGUGGAUCAAAAUUAUUGAAAAUAAAUUAAACUCUGUAAUACCAAGUUUAACAAACGAUAUAAAUAAAGAAAUUUCGAAAUUGAUCCAUUUACAAAAUGAUACAGUCUGGUUGCCAUUAUUAAAAGAAUGGGAAAUUAAACAAAAUAUAGAAGAAGUAUCAGUCAAAAGCUAUAUUGACGACAUUCAAUGUGAUGGUGAAUGGAAUCCACACAGUGAAAUGAUGAUAUACUAUAAUAAGGAUACUGGUAAGCGAAUCUCACAAUAUGUAACGAGACCAUUAAUUAAUUCAAUGAUAAGUAAAUCAUUAAACAAUUUAACUGAGUUUUAUAAUAGAUUAAGUUCAACACUUAACGAAGUUUUUAUAACAGAAUAUGAAGCCACAAUAAAUCAAUCAAUUAAUUUGCAUGUGUCAAUGUUUGAGGAAUGGGGGGAAAGUGUGUUUACAGAAUGGUCACAAAGAAUGGCAAAUAAUGAUUUUUUAUGGGACGAAAAGACUAUUCCAAUUUCAAUUUGGGAAAAAUAUUUAACUAUCAAAAAAAAUACAAUAAAUAAAUAUAACGAAUUAAAAAAAUUUCAACCAAUAUCAAGUGAAUGGCAUCGAUUUUUGGAUAACUGCCAAACUCAAUUAAAUGUCACUUUUGACAAAUAUAAUCAAAAUUUAAAUAAACUAAUGGAUUUCGCCGCCAAAGAAUUCGAAAUAAGAGAUUCAAUUGAAAAACCAUGA